GCUCUCUACAAGUGAAACAUUUCUUUCCACACAAAUUUUACAAGAAAUUACAAAUGUUUACGUCAUAUUCUUUCAAUCUAGUCCCUAUAUUUUAAGUCGUCUCACUUCUCUGACAUACAAAUCAAAACUGUUUGCCAGCUUCAAACAAAGAAAGAGAAGACAAUGGAGUUUCGUGGAGAUGCCAACCAGAGGAUUGCUAUGAUAUCAGCUCAUCUUCAACCUUCUUUCACUUCUCAGAUGGAGGAGAAGAACUCUGUAAUGGGAAGAGAAAACUGCAGAGGGAAAGGCGGGAAAGCAGGAUUCAAAGUAGCAAUACUUGGAGCUGCAGGUGGAAUAGGACAAUCUCUAUCCUUGCUAAUGAAGAUGAACCCUCUCGUCUCUUUACUUCAUCUCUACGAUGUUGUCAAUGCUCCCGGAGUCACUGCUGACGUUAGCCAUAUGGACACUGGAGCUGUUGUUAGAGGAUUCUUGGGAGCCAAGCAGCUUGAGGACGCCCUAACGGGUAUGGAUCUUGUGAUCAUACCAGCUGGUGUGCCGAGGAAACCAGGGAUGACACGCGAUGAUCUCUUCAAAAUCAAUGCUGGGAUUGUUAAGACGCUAUGUGAGGGAGUAGCAAAAUGCUGUCCUAAUGCUAUCGUCAACUUGAUUAGUAACCCUGUGAACUCCACUGUGGCUAUUGCCGCUGAGGUUUUCAAGAAAGCUGGAACUUAUGAUCCUAAGAAGCUCCUUGGUGUUACUACACUCGAUGUUGCUCGUGCCAACACCUUUGUGGCUGAAGUUCUUGGACUUGAUCCAAGAGAAGUUGAUGUACCAGUGGUUGGGGGACACGCUGGAGUCACGAUCUUGCCACUAUUGUCACAGGUGAAACCACCUAGUAGUUUUACACCUUCAGAAACAGAGUAUCUCACGAACAGGAUUCAAAACGGUGGGACUGAAGUAGUGGAGGCAAAAGCUGGAGCUGGAUCAGCAACACUUUCAAUGGCAUAUGCUGCAGCCAAGUUUGCGGAUGCUUGCCUUCGCGGGUUAAGAGGAGAUGCGAAUGUGGUUGAAUGCUCUUUCGUUGCUUCACAGGUGACAGAGUUAACUUUCUUUGCAACGAAAGUGCGUCUUGGACGCACAGGAGCAGAGGAAGUGUAUCAGCUUGGACCCUUGAACGAAUACGAAAGGGUUGGUCUGGAGAAAGCAAAAGAAGAGUUAGCAGGAAGUAUUCAGAAAGGUGUCGACUUCAUCAGGAAAUGAUAACUGAGAAUAAAUCAAUCAGAAAGACAAUAAAGAUGGUUUUAUUAAAAUCCUUAUGAUCAUGUACUACUCACUCAAUCAUGCAUGUGUCCUUGUGCUUCUUCUUCAACUUUGUAAAUUUCCUUUCAUAAGUUGUGCAACUCUUGUGGCCUCCUCUUAGACGUUACAUGUACUUCUAUAUUGGACUGA